AUGUCCCUAAACGCUGAUGAGUAUUCCACCUCACCAGAGCUGAUAGAAUCUCAAGAGAUCAAAUUCAACUUUUCCUCAAGUAUAGUCAAGCAUGUCUGGGGAUAUGCUCGACACUUCCUGAGAUUACUUGAAGUCCAACUACGAAAUAGACUCAAUACCCAAAUUGCUUGUUCGACAGUGACGGUGACGAAAUGCCAAGCUGCCCUUCGCACCCUCCAAGCGUUCCCUUUCUUCAAGCCGACCUGCCUCUGUCGAGAGCCUCACGUGGAUCCCGAUUGCAACUCCUUCAGGGACUUCCUCUUCGAUCAUCCAUGCUCUUUUGUCAUCAAAAAAGAGAAAGACCCUUACCCGGUGGACGCGCUCCCGACCUGCAAUCAUGCUCUCUCUGUCUGCCAGCAGGAGAACAAGUGCAUCAAGCUCUACGAGGAUUUCAAGACAGACUGCAAAGUGCGAGAUAACAGAUGUCGCAUGGAUGACAGGGAUCUCUGCUACCAGGCAUGGACCAACCUGAGGAAGAGCCCGAUGUUCGGUUGCAUUUGUCCAAACAAUCAGAUGAAGAAAAGAUGUGAUCGCAUUUUCAGCAUGGUCAAUCACAAUCCGUGCGUAGGUAAUAAAGAAGAAACUUGUUUUACCGAGCAAGAAAAUGUUGAAGCAGGAAACCGUUUGAGAAGUUUUCUGGCGAUCAAAGCGUGUAGGAGAGGUUGUCAUCGUCAUGUCAAGUUGCUACAGAAUCUGUUGCAAGAUCAAACCACUGGAAUUGCUCACAACAUUCUCACAUUACCAUGUAUCUUCAUCCACGAAACUGUAUGUCUGAUACAUAAGGAAUAUUCUGGAAACGUAAACACUGAAGCACGUUAUAACACUAGAAAUACAUCCAGCUUGAAGCUGCCUAUCACCAAUUCGAAUCUCACGAAGCAUUCGAUCAUCUACAUUAGCAGGAAGAUGUAUAACCAUUCACCAUUAGCCAUAAGAACUAUUCCUCUACUCAGUAAAUUUAGAGAGGCCGUGAAAGAAAUACUAAUGACAAAAGCAUAUUAUAAUCUCCAGGAAUUCUUCGACGAUAUCACUAUUAACUAA